AUGGACAGCAAAGCUAGGGUUGACGUCCCCCUGCAUCAAUCCAGCAGACAAGACAGGAAAGGGGGCAGAGAGAAACAGUCCAGUUGUCAAGGUCCAGUUGCCCGGGUGGAGCUCCAGGUGGAAGGGCUUGUUUUGGCCCUGGCUUGGAGCAGUGAGGAGGCAACAGUGAAAGCACGAAGGGAAGCUGUGCAACUGGAGGCCUGUUACUGGUCCAGUGAACAUCGCACCUCCAGUCACUAUCACCUCACCAAUGAAUCUCCCAACACCAAUGACAUUAGCUGGCCCUUUAAAUAUAGCCAUGAGACCUGUGGAAAGCAUGCUUUUCCUUCCCCAGGCAUUGCCAACCUCUCCCCCCUGGUUCAUUCUUUUCUGAGAAGUGUCAGAUUCAACAACAGUGUUGGUGAAAAGAUCUCCUUUGAUAAAAAUGGAGAAUUCAUUGGUGGAUAUGAUAUUAUCAAUUGGAUCACAUUCCCAAACAAAUCCUUUGUUAGAGUCAAAGUUGGAGUGAUAGAUCCCACAGCUCCACCAGAGAAGUUCUUCAAUAUUUCUGUAGAUUCCAUCACGUGGCCAGUAGGCUUUAAUCAGGCAUUACCUUUAUCUUUGUGUAAUGAUCCUUGUGAGACAGGACACUGCAAGGCCAAGAAAGAAGGGGAGUCGUUUUGCUGCUAUGGUUGCUGGCUGUGCCCAGAAGGGAAAAUAUCAAAGGAGAAAGAUAUGGAUGACUGCUCCCCAUGUCCUGUAGAUCAAUAUCCAAAUCCUGACAAAAAUAUGUGCAUUCCAAAACGGAUCACUUUUUUGUCCUACGAAGAACCUUUGGGGAUCAGUCUGACUGUUCUUUCCCUUUGUUUUUCUUUAAUGACAACUUUGAUCAUCACAAUAUUCAUGAAACACAAAGACACUCCCAUCGUCAAAGCCAACAACCGAAAUCUCACUUAUAUACUUCUAGUUUCCCUCCUCCUCUCUUUCCUUUGUGUCUUUCUAUUUGUCGGGAGACCAGAUAAGAUUUUGUGUCUCCUUCGACAACCAGCUUUUGGCCUCAUCUUUUCUGUAGCAAUUUCUUGUGUAUUGGCCAAAACCUUUGUUGUGGUUCUAGCAUUCAUAGCCACCAAACCUGGUUCCAGAUUGAAGAAAUGGGUGGGUGGAAGAAUGGUCAGCUACAUUAUUAUUUCCUGCUCCUUUGUUCAAAUAUGUAUUUGUGCUGUAUGGCUAAUAAUAUCCCCACCAUAUCCAGAUUGUGAUAUGCAGUCAAUGUCUGAAGAAGUCAUCUUGGAGUGCAAUGAAGACUCAGUCAUGUUCUGCUGUGUUUUGGGCUUUAUGGGUUUUCUUGCUCUGGUUAGCUUCUCUGCUGCUUUUCUAGCUAGGAAGUUACCUGAUAGUUUCAACGAAGCCAAAUUCAUUACCUUCAGCAUGUUGGUCUUCUGCAGUGUUUGGCUGUGCUUUAUUCCAACUUAUCUAAGCACAAGGGGAAAAUAUAUGUUAGCUGUGGAGAUCUUCUCCAUGACCUCCUCCAGUGCUGGCUUACUGGUAUGCAUCUUUCUUCCCAAAUGUUUUAUCAUUGUUAUGAGACCUGAACUGAACAAUAAACAUCAGCUCAUGAAAAGAAAGUUUUAAUUAAAAAAAAUGUAUAUGUAUUUCUAGGAGAAUUUUCCAAUUUUGAAGUCUGUGACCAAUUUAAAAUUUUAUUUAACUGAAAUGGAUUUGCUUCUGUAUUUCAAAAUGGGAGGCAAAUUUGAAA